GUAGGCCCGUGCGUUGUCUAGAUUCUUUGUGUCAUUCUUGGCAUACCAAAAACAGCGAGGCAGCAGGCGCGCAUACACGUAUCUAUAUCUAUCUCUGUUUCCCUCUCGCCGAUCGGCGCUCUCUCGCACAGCAGUUCUCGAGUUUGUUGCUACUACUACUAUACACACGCACUCUUCUAUCCAUGUGUGUGUGAGAGUGUUUUCUAUGUGUAUGCGCGCGUGUGUGUAUAUACAUAACGCGCCAAGCAGUGUGUGUCUCUGUAUGUGCCCCCCGUAAGUGUAUAUGUGCAAGAGCCGUGCGUGUUUAUAACGCCCGUUCACAAGUGUUUGUGCCACCGUGCGUAUAUACGUUUUAUAUACAUGCAUAUCGAAGCAUUAUAUACAUAACAGAUCAGGAUAAUUCCGAGUGUUUGGUCAUAUUCACUCGUAACUAUAUAUGCGUAGACGUAUAUUCAUUGUUAACACUACUGGCGUGCGUGCCGUGCGCGAGUGAGAGAGCCUCGAGUCUCUGACUGGCGUUUCGCUCUGGCUUUUUCGCGUUUUAUCUAUAUUUAUCGCGCGUGUGCCUCUGCGUCCGCAAUAAUAUUCGGCCGAUACACACACAUACACACCUUGGCUUUCGAUUCAUCAGCUACUGCUGCUACUGCUUCUGUUGAGCGCAACGCCGUGUGUAUAUUGCACGCUCUCUCUCUCUCUAUCUCGAAGUAAAUCGAAGGAGAGCAACAUUUAUAAAGCCGCAGCUCCAAGGCAUAUUGGCGAUUUUGCUGCUCUCGCGGUGUGAAUCUUUCUCGAUUUAAAAAAGUGUUUUGUGAAUUAUGCGUCACGAUUGAUCGUGAGAAAGAAGAAGAAAAUUUAGUGCGAGUGGACUUGGACGCCGGUCGGAGUGUCGUUCUUUAAUAAUUGUCCGUACAUAGAGUGACAGGUAAACUCGUGUUUCCCAGUGCUGGUGCCGUGUACAUGCAGUUUAUUGAAAGAGAUUAUCGUCGUGCAUAAAUAUUAUACGUUCGCCGAUCGUCGAGGUACUCUUUCGCACUCCCUGUCUGUCUCUGUCUCUCUCUCUCUCUUGAGGCAACAGCUAGCAGCAACAGUGUGCCGUUGCAGUGCUCGCGCGAGAUUACGCACACAUAUAAUACACACAAACCCAAAAGGUGCUGCGACGUUCAAGUGUACAACGGACUGUGCGACGCGCUUCGAUAGGCGUCGCUCGUCAACUCUUGCUAUACCAAAUCAGGUACAACCCACUCGCUCGUCGACGUCAUCCUGAACUGCCAGGGAAAUCCUCAUGAAAGACUGGGAACUCAGUACUCAGAAUAGCAUCGGCAGUGCGGUGGCUGCAGCCGACACCAUUUCCUCACCGUGGACACCCGCAAGUUCCGGGCCGCCGCCCGACGCCAACGGCACCGGCUCGGAUACAAAAAAUCUCGACGUUGGCGACAUCAGUGAUGAUGAAAAGGACUUAUCGGCAGCGGAUGCUGAGGGCGUCUGGUCGCCGGAUAUCGAGCAGAGCUUCCAAGAAGCACUCACCAUAUAUCCUCCAUGCGGUCGUCGCAAAAUUAUCCUCUCCGACGAGGGCAAGAUGUACGGACGCAACGAGCUCAUAGCCCGGUAUAUCAAGUUAAGGACUGGCAAAACGAGAACGCGCAAGCAAGUAUCGUCCCACAUACAGGUGCUCGCCAGAAGGAAACUACGCGAGAUCCAGGCAAAGCUCAAAGUGGACGAAAACCCUGAGGAAACAAAAAAGGUGCUGCAUUACUCUACUAGUUUAUCUAGCGCCCAAAUAAUACAUACUCCUGAUUAUGGUCAAGGUCAUAACGGAAUCGCGAUCCGCUGCGCGGAUUCGACAGGAUCCUUACACGCGCCCUUACACGCGUCCGAUCCCAUGUCCUACCCCCCGACGCAAUUUUGGCAGCCGGGCCUGCAACCGGGCACAUCUCAAGAUGUCAAGCCGUUCUCUCAGCCAACGUACACCGGCAAGCCAGCCACUGCAGUGUCGAGCGGCGAAAUGGUUCAAACACAGCCGCCACCACCAUGGGAAGGUCGGGCCAUAGCCACACACAAACUCAGGCUCGUCGAGUUCACUGCUUUCGUGGAUCUUGCAAGAGAUCCUGACAAUCAAUACCAAAAGCAUCUGUUCGUGCACAUAGGCGGUUCGCCGUCGUAUUCUGAUCCACUGCUUGAGGCGAUUGACAUCAGGCAAAUAUAUGACAAAUUCCCCGAGAAAAAAGGUGGUCUUAAGGAGCUUUACGACAAAGGACCUCAAGAAGCCUUCUAUCUCGUGAAAUUCUGGGCCGAUCUCAAUACCAGCAUGGACGAGCCGGGCUCAUUUUACGGUGUAACAACUCUAUACGAAAGCAAUGAAAACAUGACGAUAACAUGUUCGACGAAAGUCUGCUCGUUUGGCAAACAGGUCGUAGAAAAAGUUGAGACCGAGUACGCAAGGUUCGAGAAUGGAAGGUUCGUCUACCGCAUCGCACGCUCGCCCAUGUGCGAGUACAUGAUCAACUUCAUACACAAACUCAAGCACCUGCCGGAAAAGUACAUGAUGAACAGUGUCCUCGAAAAUUUCACCAUUCUUCAGGUAGUCACAAAUAGAGACACACAAGAAACGCUCCUCUGCACAGCAUACGUUUUUGAAGUGUCGACGUCCGAGCACGGUGCUCAGCAUCACAUAUACAGAUUGGUUAAGGACUAGCCAGUUGUUACGACUCCUACUACUAUAUUCACUGCAGCUUGCGAUUAUUGAGACGAAAGAGAGCAAGUUCGCCGUGCAGCCAUCCACCCCCAUCAGUGCCUAUCGCUUACGACAACAAAAGAAAAAUUUAAAUCAUAUAGAUAUAUACAUACACACACGUAUAUGAACAUAUACACUUUAACACAAAAUAUAUUAUUAUAUUAUUCUCACGUAUGUACUCACAACCGUUGAAACGAGAACUAUUUCUUCGACCGUAUUGUAAAUUCCUAUUUACAGAAUUUUUUGUUACGACUUUUUCUUUUCAUAACUGCAAUGCGUUACACACUGCAUGUUGAAUUUCAAAAUACGUUUCUAGCGUCUUUUACGUAUAAAUAAUUAAGUAAAUAAACUAUAUAAAUAGUAUAAAAAUUUAUUUGAGUGUAAUAUAAAUAUAUAAAUAUCUAUAUCGGCUAAAAGGAAAAAAUUACUCGAGCGUGCAUUAUUGCGAAUAAUUGAAAGAAUUAAUAUAAUGCGAUAUAACUAGAGUGAUAGACAAACUUUAUAAAAGCAAAUAAGGUGUGAAAAAUAUUAUACUGUAUACGCUUGUAUACAAACAUUCAGAAUGUAACAAAAAAUCAAUUUGAACUAGCCGA